CGUCGGGCUACGCUCGGGCUCAAGCUAGGUGUCGGGCACGACUGUGACAAAGGGCCCCGCCUCCUUCGCCUCGUCCCCGUCGAACCGCCCCGCCAACGCCGCGGCGGCUCUCCACCCUCGCGUGCACGAGUCGACGAGGGCCACGAUGGGCUGGCCAGCACUGCAGACGCGCUCCGAGAGCGCGAGACGGACGCCAGCAGGCAGGGCGUGCCCGCGCCUGCGAACGACCGCCCAGCUGCACGCAUUGCGUCGCAGGCCGCGCGCGCCUCAGGCAGCAGCCGAGGGUGCGGGCCCGGCGCCGCGGGCUGCCACUGGCGCCGCGCGCGCCUAAGACGGACGGCGGCGCCCAGCGGCAGGCUGAGGCCGCGCCCCCCGCUGGACGCAGCUGAGCUCCAUGCCCUCCGCCUUCGCAAAUCACGCCGACGGGCGUGUGACACGCGCGCGCGGCAGCGAUGCACCUCCGCACGCCAGGUGUGCCCACCUGGGGGGCGCGCUCGCCGCUCUGUGCCUCGGCGGCCGGGCCAGCCGCGAGCACGGGGUCCUCUCCAGCACCGGCCGCUCCGUGAGCUCCGCGCGGGAGCCCCCGACCUCGCGCUCGCCCACGCGCGCGGCGGCCUGCUGGGACAACCGCCUGCAGCGCCGCAGCCUGGUGUACAGACUGGGCCGUCGCGAGCUUCGCCUCCAAGCUCCCGACCUGCCGCUCUACGUACACUACGCGCUGGGGGGCUGCGU